UCCGGUACCGCUAGUUAGGUCUGAACUAGCGUCUAGUAUUGUGGUGUACUUGAGCUCCUGCCCUACCUAGCUAGCUACUGUCACUGCAGUACCCUGUGAAGUUAAACACAACUUUGAAGAGUAAUGGCGCCACAGGCUCCAGACCAGAAUGUUAAAGGGGAGCUGUUGGAAGAGGAAGACCAACCUCAUUCACCUCUGUUGGAGAAGCGAGAGUUGAAAAUAAAUGUAAGGAAAAUAAUCCAUGAUCUUCGUCACCUGGACUGGUCGAAAGUAGUUUGGCGGAACGCUAUACUCUUCAUGUUGCUGCACUUCUACUCCGUGUAUGGGAUAUACCUGGCAAUUUUCGUGGCGCAGUGGAAGACUAUAGGGUUCAGUGUGAUGCUGUACUUCAUGGCUGCGUUAGGGAUCACCAUGGGAGCUCAUCGCUUGUGGUCCCACCGGUCGUUUAAAGCAACUUUACCUCUACGUGUGAUUCUCGCCGUAUUCCAGACCCUGUCCUUCCAGAAUGAUAUCUUCGAGUGGGCUAGGGACCACAGAGUGCAUCACAAAUACAGUGAAACAGACGCAGACCCGCACAAUGCUCGCCGUGGCUUUUUCUUCUCCCAUAUGGGGUGGCUUAUGUACCGGAAACAUCCUGAUGUCAUCACGAAGGGUCGCACCUUGGAUGUAUCAGACCUGCAAGAGGACAAAAUAGUCAUGUGGCAGCGUAAACACUACGUUCCCUUGGUCGUAACGGCGUGUUUCGUCCUACCAACUGUUAUUCCUUGGGUGUUGUGGGAAGAACACCCGGUCACUGCCCUGAUGGUAGCUGGCUUCCUGCGCUACAACAUCGUCCUCCACGUGACAUGGUUCGUCAACUCCCUGGCUCACUGGGUGGGUAGUAAGCCCUUCGAUAAGAACAUUUACCCAUCACAGAACCCCAUAGUGGCAUAUCUAGCACUGGGUGAAGGCUGGCACAACUAUCAUCACGUCUUUCCCUGGGACUACCGCACUGCUGAAUUUGGGGGUCUCGGUGCCUACAAUAUCACGAGUUUGACGAUCGACUUCUGUAGUAAGAUCGGGUUGGCUUAUGAUCUCAAGACGGUAUCCCCGGAAAUGAUUGAGCAGAGAGCCCACAGGACAGGCGACGGCAGUCGCCAUUCAGUGAGCAGCAAGACAGAGUGAAGGCAUUUGACAUCACAGAUGCGAGGUCACGCUUCAGGGCACAAUGAACCGCAAAAAAAAAAAAAAACAUCUCUUGCUCUGAGAAAAAUCUUGCAGGAAAAAAUAUCUAUAUUUAUGUAGGCUAGUGGUAAUUUUUAAACUUUCCUAAUUAUUUAUUUUUCAUUUUGAGCUGUACAUUUGUCUCACGAUAACAGAGUAAUGCAUAGUAAAAUUUUUUAAGACUUUUAUAUGGAAAGUAGUAUCUGCAUUUGUAUUUGACCAACAUUCGUAAUAACCUUCACAAAUGUUAUAGAGAACAGUAAAACUUCCAACAAAUUAUUCUUGCAAAAAUUCCACUAGUAGUUAUGUAUUAUAAGUAGUUAUAAGUUACUUUAAGGCUGCCCAAAAUGCUCUGCAUAAUCAGGGGCUUUCUAUAAAGUAUCAAUACUAUCACCUUUUCCGUACCAAGUGUAAACCAUUCUUUAUAGAAAUAGUCUGUCAUUAUCAAGGAUAAACUAGCUAAGUGAUUAAGAGACAUGUUUUAUCUAGGGCAUACUGUAACAAAAAUGUCCACCAUAAAUUGUAAUGAAAAUUAUAUAAAAAAAAAAUCUGUGAAUUUACAUGGAAAUAUUUAACCAUGUUCAUACAUAUGUAAAUUAUGGCACUGAAUUAUAGACUUAAGCUGUAAGCACUGCUAUUUACUCGUUUAAUUUUUUUUUACAUAAUUUUGGAAACAUAAUUUGCGUCCCAGAGUUUGCUGGGAUUUUCAGACGAGAGUUUUUAAGUUUUAUUCAGCUGAAGUAAUUGGGAAAUAUUGAGAAAACUUUAUACGGUAUUUUUCAGUUUUGCAUUCCAGGUGUGCCUUGAGAGGUACACCAAUUAGAUAUAAGUCUUCAUGUGUCAUACUUGAAGAACAAUAGGCAGAUUCUACGAAGAGUAAAUUCACGCCGGAUAUGAACAUUUAUGUAACCAUUAGGCAGCUUAGAACGUAUCAAACAAAAGCUUGCGGCUCAGAUUGUGCAAUUUUAUAGGAAUCUGUUUGUCGUUGUUCACAUGAUUGUGCGUUUCUGUGCACUUUUAGUUGUUUGCACUAGAAUGAUGCACGCUUUUAGAGUAAGUACAUCACUAUGUUCAGCUAAUUGCAUUUACGUAUGUUUUUGUUUGAUGUAAUCCGGACAAAAUUCUGGAUUUAUGAACAGUAUUCAUUUAACAUCUGACAGAGCAAAUAAAAAAAUUACAUUCGAGUUUGCUAACUAAAUCCAGCCAAGCAUUCUCGAAUGAUUUGUUAUGAUUACCCCGUUUUCUAUACACAGCUCAUAACCGGAUCCUGUGGUAGUCUAUAGUCUUU